AUGUCUGAAGAACAAAACUGGUGGCAGAAGUGGACAGACACUGUCAACAUCAAACAUUUGACCACUGUGAGAAAUGCCUAUGAGCCCUUGGGCCGGCAUGAGGAGCAAGUGCUCAUCAACCGGAGGGAUUUCACGAGCAAGAAGGAUGCCUGGGAUAUGCAAGAGUUCAUCACUCGCAUGUACAUCAAGCAGUUGCUGCAACAUCCGGCCUUCCAGCUGCUGCUGGCCUUGCUGCUGGUGACCAAUGCCAUCACCAUUGCUCUCCGCACCAACUCUUAUCUUGGCCAGCAACACUAUGAGUUGUUCUCCACCAUAGACGACAUUGUGCUGACCAUCCUGACGUGUGAGGUUUUACUUGGCUGGCUCAAUGGCUUCUGGAUUUUCUGGAAGGAUGGCUGGAACAUUCUCAACUUCAUAAUCGUCUUUACCUUGCUCAUGGGGUUCUUCAUUAAACAGCUUCACAUCAUUGCAGUCACCUAUACUCUCAGGGUGCUUCGGCUGGUACACGUGUGUAUGGCGGUGAAGCCCCUGGCCAGGAUCAUCCGGGUCAUCCUGCAGUCGGUACCGGACUUGACCAAUGUUGUGGCCUUCAUCCUCUUCUUCAUGCUGGUAUUCUCUGUGUUUGGUGUUACUCUGUUUGGUGCAUUCGUGCCCAAGCAUUUCCAGAACAUGGGGGUUGCCCUGUAUACCCUCUUCAUCUGCAUCACCCAGGAUGGCUGGCUGGACAUCUACAGCGACUUCCAGACGGAGGACAGGGAGUACGCAAUGGAGAUCGGGGGUGCCAUCUACUUUGCCAUCUUCAUCACCAUUGGUGCCUUCAUUGGCCUCAACCUGUUUGUUGUUGUUGUGACCACGAAUCUGGAAAUAAUGAUGAAGACAGGAGAACAGGGACUACAGCGUCAAAUAAUUUUUAGUGAGACCCAGACAGGUGGAGAGGAAGAGAACCAGACUGAUGAUCUGCCUCUGGUUCACUGUACAGUUGCCUGCAUGGAGACAUCUGGUCUCCUCCAGGAACCGCUGGUGGGGGGCCCACUGUCCAACCUCUCCGAAAAAACCUGUGACAACUUUUGCUUGGUGCUUGUGGCAAUACAGGAGAACUUGAUGCAGUACAAGGACAUCAGAGAGGAGCUCAACACGAUCGUGGAGGAGGUGCAUUCCAUCCGUUACAACCAGGAGCAGGAGGAGGAGAUGUUGCACAGGCAUACUUCCAAAAGCCUGUGCUACCAGAGCGAAUCCUCCAUGCGUGAGGUGGCUACCCAGCAAGACUUGAUCUCUGCACUAAUAAGCAGGGAAAAGGUUUAUGAUUCUAACACAAACGUGAAAGUUAGCAAACACAAGUCCAGCCACUGA